CAGGUCCUUGAAGUCCUGGAGGGGACGUCCUACCGACUGACCAGUUGUCAGUAGGUCUACUCUAGAACUUUCUCCAGAAGUAACCCUUCUCUCUAUGGACUUCAAGGACGUGGACUUCUGGAAAUAUUCUCAGCAUGAAGGUAGAACUCUGAUCAUUGAUAAUGUUUCUGGAGAUAAAGAACCAGAUGUUCUGAGGAGGUUCUGGUUCAGGAUUGUACUAGCCUAGCCACGCUACACCCAUGUUUCUGAAGGCACAAGGGUCUAGGGAAGCUCGACAGGGAGGGAGGCGGGUUAAAAGGUUGUCUAUCAAAUCACUCUGCAGCAAUUGGGUAGGUAUACAACCAAUCAGUGCAACGAAUAGGCUGAUGUAGUUCCUAGAGCACCGACGGAUUGUGGCUCAGUCCCAUUAGCUUCCCAACCAGCGGAGCCAACUGGUAUAUUAAGGAUUUGCCAUAUCCCGUCGGCAUAAGUCCAAAUACGUCUUUCUUCUCAAUGAAACACUUCAGUGCCGUCCUUUGUUCAUCUUUCAGGUUGAAUUUUAGCUUCAAAUCUUUAAGGGCUGUGGCCAAAGCCGAGUCCAAAGAUAACUGUUUAUUGUUUCCGGUUGUUUCUGUCAGAAUUGUCACGCCUCUGUCAUCACUUAGUUACGCCCGCCUUCUGACUCUACACUUCAUGGUGAUUGGUCCGGCCAGUUUUAGGAGAAUCCAGCCUCGAGCCUUAUGGAGGGUAACUAGACCCACCCUGGCAGAGAACUAAAUUCGUUGCUGUGGGUUGUCUAGUGCGGCUAGGCUAGGAUUGUACGAUAAUCAGACGUUCUUCUGCCCUGCUGCUAACUGGGUUCUGACCCAAAGGAAGUAGAACCUCCUGUUGAAGCUGAUAGAACUCUAAUGUCAGGUUCUGUUUUUCUGUUAAGGCUUCCUUCUCCUCUGAUCUUACAGGUGAUGUGUUCAAGUCCAGCUUUUUUUUUUUUUUUUUUUUUUAGCUUUUAAAUAAAGUUUUGUUUCAAUUUGGUUGAUUCAUAAAAAAUCUGGUCUUUUUUAAUUACUGCAGUAAGAGUAGUGGUUGUAUUUAUACAGAGCUUUUAUCCAAAGCUCUUUACAUGAUACGUUACAUUCACACACUGAUGGAUGAAGCUGCCAUGCAUGGCGCUAACCACGACCCACCAGGAGCAGUUAGGGGUUAGGUGUCUUGCUCAGUGACACCUCGACAUGAACACAACGGGCCGAGGAUCAAACCGCAACCUUCCAGUUACAAGACGGCCACUCUACCCACUGAGCCAUGCCGCCCCACAAAAGUACCACAACAGCAGAGCAGAAGUACCUCUGUUACUACAGUAAAAGUAGCUCUACAGCAGUAAAGUGUGUGUGUUUUGGUGUGUGUCUGUGUGUUUUGGUGUGUGUGAGGUUUCACAACUCUCUGACAGGUCAGGACUGGAAGGUGUUCAGGGGGCGUGUCCUGCAGGUGAGUUGUGUCUAAACCUGCUCACCUGGUUGCAGCAGAACAUUCCUGAACGUCUGGGUCGCUAAGCUAACCGCUACCAUGUCUCUGACUCUGUUCUACACCAGUGUGAGCUCCUCUGUGCAGAUUAAAAAAAGUCAGGAUAAGAUCAUGGCAACCCUGGAGUCCCUGAAGAUCCCGUUCGUCCAGGUGGACAUCGCCCAGUCCUCUGAACACAAGGAGACCAUGAGGAGGAUCUGUGGGAACCCGACGGCUCUCCCUCCUCAGCUGGCCAGAGGAGACGUCUACUGUGGAUUCAAAGUCUUUCAUCCAUAAACUGAAGCCGAAAAUGAAGUCAGUGGUUUAAUGUCUGAAUGCAGGAGAUGAAAGGUUUGAUGCUCAGAAAGCUUCAGAAUAAAAUCAGAUGAAAUGGAAGUUAAACGUGUUUAAUGCUAAGUUUAUAUUAAAUAUCCGUCUGUCUUCACCCCAGACCUCUGAUUCUUCUUCUUUCUUCUUCCAGGACUUUGCUGCUUUUGAAAACGCGAUAGAGGAAGAAAGAUUAGAAGAAUUCCUCAAACAGUGAAGCAGCGACAGUAAAACCUGGAGAAGAACAAGUUCAUGCCUGUCAGAAGGUUUAUUCAUGUUUGAUCAGAUCUGACAGUUCUGCAGUAAAUUCUGUUUCCUGUGAAAUAAAAAUCAUUUCACACA